UUUACCCUGAAUAACUGAGUAUAAAGCUAACCUUUGGAACAUUUUAUCUACUCCAGAAGCCUCCACUCACCCACUCACCCACCGCCUACUGUUUCUGUCUAUUGGGAUGGAUGAUCUCAGCCUCAUCCACCCCAAUUGAUCUCCAUCAAAACUUGAGUGAGAAGCAAAGAGGGAGGGGACUUUUCCGUGCCGAUCAGAAAAAAAAAAAAAAAGAUUUGCUGAGGAAAAGUUUAAAGAGGAGGAAUGGAUGUCUUGGUCGAUUUCAGUCUGUUCCCAAUUUUGGAAUUUCCAUUUCACAUUCAAAGUUUCAAUCUUUAAAGGCAAUGGAAGAUAUGAAUUUUGCAGGCAAUGGAAGUCUCGCUUCAUAUAUAAAGAUUAAAGCCAAAGCAGCCGCCGACACCUCUCCGUUUCCAUUGCUUCAGUCUCCCCAAGCUAAAGACUCCCCCUCUGAGAUGGACAUAGCAAUGACUUACAAGGGUAUGGAGACCGAAGGGUUGAACACUGAUAAAUAUGAUGGGCUUCAUUGAUUUUCUUAAAGCUGCAAUCCAUGAAAUCUCUCUCUACUUGCUCAAUUGUAAUAUGAUGUACAUCAUAUUUUUAUGUAUACAAGCUAUGCUCUCAGUCUUAGGUCCAAGCAAGUAAUUAUUCCAUUAUUUAGUGGUUGGUGGUUGAUUUUAGUUUAAUCUUGAACUA